UCACAGUCCUCAUCGAAAGUGCUUGCGCUGCAGUAGUGUACACGGCAAGCUCCUCGUGUGUUCGCUAGCUGGUCCGCCGCACUCAUUCGUCUACCGUUUUGUUAACGCUUUUAGUGCCGUGCAAUUUGUUUGCGAUUUUCAUUUGCAAUCCAUUCAACAAGCAGCAUAUUUAUUGUUGUGCUUUAGUUGUGUUCAAUGUCAAGUGGCGCGUUGCAAAUCAAGCAUAAGCCAACGGUACACAUGGAGUGAGCUGUGCGCGUUGCAAAAAAAAUGAAAUAAAAUAAAGAAAAGUGAAGCAAAAACUCUCGUUAGCCUCAAGUGGUUGCGUGCAUGCGUGCAUGCGUGGGCGCGUGUUAGUCGUUGUUCUUGUUGUUGCGGUCGUUGUCACGUUCGUGUAGUUCCUGUUGCACGGCUGAUUGCAUCGACAAUUUUCCGUCACCUAUUGUUGCUGUGGUCAACAGCGAACGCUCGGCGUGUGUGCUGUCAGGCAUUGCGCUCAUUCCUGUUUUCCGCUAACCGCACACAUAGGCAUACACAAACACUUGUACCACACACAACAAAACAUUUGUGAGCGCUAGUAAAUUUAUUGAAAUUAUUUACUUUGCUGAGUAUUAUUAAAUGCGGCAUUAAAAGUUUUUAUUAAGCGCAUAUUUCAUAUUCAAUUGCCUAAUUAUCACGCGCGCAUGUGUGUAUGUGUGUGUGCGCAUAGUUUCUUCAUUUGACUGUUUUAUGUCGUCGUCUACGGUGUUGUAAAUAACCGUGAAAAGACACUUGUGGCGGGACGAAAUAUUGCGCACAAUAAAAGUGCCAUUAAAACGGCUUACAUUGUUGUUGCGGAAGCGGGAGUGUCGCACUCGGAAUUUGGUAGCGGCGCACUCACACACACAUACAGUAAAAAUGCAGUGGCUGCUGUUGAAGAACAUUGAGAAGACGUUGGCCUAUGUGAAACGCAUGAAAGAGAAACGCUCAUUCUCUUUCCGUUUGCGUCGCUCGAUCGGCGAUGGCGGCAGCACAAACAGCAGGAACAGCAACAAUAACAGCAGCACUUGCACGAACAACAAUUCACUGUUAUCACCGGUGACCAGCGCAAAGCUGGAAGUGCCCAAUUCAAGCGCCUCUGUCAGUCGCCGCAGCAGCAUCUACAAGAAGCCGGACAAGGAUGAUAGUGGCAUCAUACAUAUCGUGCCGGAUAUUGAAUUGCCCUUAAUGACAUUCUCCGAUCAGUAUGAUGUCGAGAAGACGCUGGCCGAAGGUUGCUUUGCACGCAUACUACUCGCACAUCAUCGGCCCACAAAUACGUCGGUGGUGCUGAAGGCCGUACAUGCCGAGUUGGCCACGCUGAAGGACUUCCAAAAGGAGUUUCACCUCAACUAUCAGUUGUCACAUCACCGCAAUAUACUCAGCGCAUACAAUGUUGCCUUCCAGACGAAGGAUUACUAUGUGUUUGCUAUGGAACAUGCGCCGUACGGCGAUCUGGCGGCCAAUUUGGGGCCACAUGGUUUGCAUGAGUCGGCUUGUAAGACUAUCAGCGAACAAUUGAGUUCGGCGUUGGGUUUUAUGCAUUCGAAGAAUUUGGUGCAUCGUGAUCUUAAGUUGGAAAAUGUCUUGGUCUUCACGCCGGAUUUCUCACGUGUCAAAUUGUGUGAUUUCGGCACGACCACGAAGAAGAGUUUGCUGGUGCACAAGGUGAAGCACACGUGGACCAGCUGUGUGCCGCCUGAAGUGUUGGAGAUUGUCAAAAAUGAACGGUUUCUAUGCAUGCCCACCAGCGAUUCGUGGCAAUUCGGCAUCCUGCUGUUCAACAUACUGACUGGCAGUCCGCCAUGGCACAUGGCCGAUUGGGUGAAGGAUGCACAAUAUUCGAACUUUAUGAAAUACGAACAACGCAAGACAACAAAAAUACCUGACGGCUUCCGUCGUUUUUCACCGCGUCUGAUGCGUUGCUUCCGCAAGUAUUUAACGCACGAUCCGGAAGAUCGCUGCAAAGUAACCGAGGUCAUGAAAUACAUGAAAGAUCGUUGGGUUGAAUGCCGCAUUGCGACAUCGAAGUCAGCGAUGCUCAUCUCACCGAAUCCCGAUCAGGAUUCGUGUAUUUAUUUGAAUAAGCGUGAAGGUCGUCUGUCCGCCGAUGAAAAUAAAUUGAAACUGAAGCGUAUGAUGUCCAGUUAUGGUUUGGAUAAUUCCAUCGAUCAGACAGUGGUGCGUAGCCGUGUCAUUGAGUGGCUCUCGACGUGCGAUGCUAACUUCGAUUCGGAUAUCGAAAGUCUUGCGGCGCUAGAGGUGGCCAAUUAGACGGCAGUGGGCGCGUGAAAGGUUACGAGAAACGCGCGUAAAAAUUGGUUUAAGUUUUGGAAAUCGUUUGCAGCAUGCUUUGCGCCGGUGGGCGGCGAAACCGCGUUAGCCAGCCAUGACUAACGCAAACAUAACGCGUGCUCGGCGCGCAGAAGACAAGACAUCACAUGUUAAACGUGAGAAUUUAGUGGCGUUGAAGAAAGUAAAAAAAAAAAAUAAUAAUAAUUAUAUAUAAAUGUAUACAAUACAGGUCAUAUCGACAAUAAGUCAUAUUCAAGUACCAAAUGCACAAGAAUUUAUUGUAUAAUAUCACACGAGAGAGAUAGUGAGUCAUAUUCGCGUGUUGCGCCAACUAUUUAAUAUUAAUGCAAUGAAAUGACGAAAGCAAGAAAAAGAAUAAAUUGCAUAUGAUAUGCAAUAUGUACAUUGGGAGUUUAUACAUUCAUAAAAAAAUAAAGCGAAACAAUUUAAUCAAUUUUGUACUAGCUUACCCUUCCACAAAUAUUAUGAUCACAAAAUAUAAAAAAAUCCAUGGUAUGUUUUGUGGGGUAUUUCUUGCAAGCAAGGCAGUGUUUUUAAGGAGAAAAAAAUUUCAAAUUUAUAUAAUUUAUUUUAAAAACUUAUUUACAGUUUUUUAAGUGAUAAAAAAAUAUUAAACAUUUUAUUUGCCUAAAAAAAAUAAUUUAUGGUAAAAUUUGCCAUAUGAAAAUGCUACCAAA